CGAAUAUGGCGCUCUGCAGCUGCUGCACUGACCACGGUUACCUCUUCCAACCAUGAUCCUAUUUUCCUCACGUUGAUGUUUGCCGCCGUUCAUGGGUUGCGGUAAUCGUUCACCGGGUUCAACCCCGUCCCCUUAUCUCCUUCGACCUAAGUUAGCAUAGGGAUGUGAAUUUCAGGCCAACAAUGUCUGUGUCAGAAAAGUCCUCUGCAGCUCCAAAUCCAGUUGAGCAGUUUGUUCUGUUGGCGAAAGGAGCUAAAGGAGCUGCCGCGGUGGAACUCGUCAAACAGGCAAUUGAGGCUCCAGGGGUUUAUGUCUUCGGUGAGCUCCUCGACAUGCCCAAUAUUAAGGAGCUGGCUCAAGGCCCACAUAAUGGAUCAUGGGAACUGCUGAAUCUGUUUGCUUAUGGAACUUAUAAGGACUACAGGGCCAAUCAAGAUUCUCUCCCUCCAGUCACUCCAACUAUGCUGCAGAAAUUAUGUCACCUUACAAUUGUUUCUCUAGCUACCAAGUCAAAGGUACUGCCCUAUGAAAUGCUCUUGGAGGAACUGGAGAUGAAGAACCUUCGGGAACUUGAAGAUGUCAUAAUUGAAGCAAUAUAUGCAGAUGUCAUUAAUGGAAAGUUGGAUCAGCGGAAUCACCAGCUGGAAAUCCAUCGUGCUAUUGGCAGAGACAUUCGCCCUGAGGACAUCAAGGAGAUUGCCUCCACUCUCCAGGACUGGUGUGAAACAUGCGAGAACAUGCUUUAUAAUGUUGACAGCAUGAUUUCCAUGGCCAACCAGGAGCGGGAAAAGCACAUUAAACAUCGCAACUUUGUUGAAACACAGAUUCAGAAUCUGAAGAAGACAAUGAAGACUCAACGGGAAGAUAGUGGUGAGAAUGGGGUGACGGACACUGUGACCCCUGGUGAGAAAAAGAAGCCUUCCAGCUCUACUGGGUCCAGUAUGUCCAAUUUCAAGAGCAAGAUGGUUCGGGGCAGCAAUCGGCUCUUCAACAAGUGAUGCUCUCCAGUCAAGUGGAUUGAGUUGUCAUUGUGUGUGUUUUUACCACAUGCCUUCUUCACAAUGGUGGUUUCAUCUCUUUCAUGAACUAGUAUCCUCCAUCAUGUGAUCACUUGGCUUUCAGGAAUAAAGUUGAGCUGUAGGUGAUCCUGUCA